AUGCCAACGAUAUAUCGGAAGCUCUCCACGACACCGUCGCUGAGCUUGCAGCAAUCAGCGAAACAGUUCACGUACAACGUCGCCGCAUCCUACAUCGCGAAGGACCGACCGUACGAUCCCUCAACGCACGUCUUCCACUUCAAUCCCUACAAUCGGGUCCAGGCCCCGCGAAAACAUACCAAGCGCACCCGGCCCGACAGUGGUCAGGAUGCUUUCUUCGUCACGCGUUUAAACACGGGCGGUGUUGCCCUCGGCGUGGCAGAUGGGGUUGGCGGGUGGAUGGACUCGGGUGUUGACCCGGCGGACUUUUCCCAUGGGUUUUGCGACUACAUGGCCCAGGCAGCAUACUCUCACUCCUCGAGUGGUGACCCCAGAGCACAGAACCUGACUGCCCGCUCUCUGAUGCAGACAGGCUAUGAGGCCAUUUGUGGUGAUCCUGCGGUCACCGCCGGUGGGUCGACUGCGAUCGUUGGGCUUCUCGAGCCCAGCGGAACACUCGAGGUUGCGAACUUGGGAGAUAGCGGGUAUAUCCAUCUACGACUCAACGCUGUACAUGGUUCCUCUGAGCCACAGACACAUGCGUUUAAUACGCCAUUUCAGCUGUCUAUAAUACCGCCGUGGAUAUUGCGGCGCAUGUCGGCGUUUGGGGGGUCGCAGCUCGCAGACAUGCCCAGUGACGCCGAGGUCUCGCGGCUUAGCCUGCGUCAUGGCGACGUACUCGUCUUUGCGACCGACGGUGUGUGGGACAACUUGUUCAACCAGGACAUACUUCGCAUCGUGAGCGCGGCCAUGGAGGGCAGUGGUGCGUGGGUCCACAGCGACGCCGGAGGAAUCAGGGUCAGGCCAGAUCUGUCGCCCUUCACGAAUACGUCGUCGAGCGGAGAUGGGGACGGAAGAGCGGCGAGCCUCCAGAGCUUGAUAGCUACCUCGAUUACCGGAGCCGCCAAGGCAGCGAGCGUCAACACCAAGCUGGAUGGGCCAUUCGCGAAGGAAGUGAAGAAGUAUUAUCCCAUGGAGACGUGGAGGGGUGGCAAGGUGGAUGACAUCUGUGUUGUCGCCGUCGUGGUGUCUGAGACCACAUCCGAUGACGCUCCGGUCAAGGCCAAGCUAUGA